AUGAAUACCAAAGCCGUCGGAAUCAAGAUCUUCGCCAGCUUGCUACUCCUGGUAGCCUUUCUUCAGCCGGGAACUGGCCAGUUCCUUGACCCGAACUGCGGACUUCGAUCUGCUCCGGUCUAUGUUCAGUCAAGGAUCAUAAAUGGCACCGACGCUGGGGUCACCUCGAGUCCUUGGAUGGUUUUUAUCCUCACGACUGAUGAUUACUUCAUCUGCGGCGGAACUCUGAUUACUCCCCGUUCGUACCAAAAGGCUCGUAUGGGAGAAUUCAAUAGAGACUGGAAUGAUGGCAAGUGUCUUGACUCCGUCGACGGCGCUACAUAUUGCAACAAUCGAAAGGAGAUCAGAGUGGACAACGGCGUCAUGCAUCCCCGUUUUAAUUCCGAAUCCCUAGCCAACGACAUAGCGAUUCUCCGGCUUGCAGAGUAUGUGGAGUACACAGAAAACAUCAGGCCUAUCUGUAUCGUGCUGAAUAAGAGCUGGAGAAAUUUUAUAGACGAAAUUAACACACUCACCGUCACUGGCUGGGGCCUCACCUCUAAGAAUGGAUCAACAAGUCGCAUACUGCAAACCCUACAAAUCAAGCGACGACCCUCGAAAGAUUGCACCUGGUACAUUGGUAGGAGUCCUUUCCACAAUGAGUUCUGCAUGGGAAACGAGCAGAGCAGUGUUUGUAACGGCGAUUCCGGCGGUCCCGUGGGGAAAAUGAUUUGGUACAAUGGCUUCCGGCGCUUUGUCCAGGUGGGCGUUGCCAGCCUGACGAACAGACAGUGUUCUAAGGCCAGCAUUUCCACCGAUGUGCUCAGCCACGUGGACUGGAUCCUCAGUUCCGCCAUGAAUACCAGUGCCAUCGGAAUUAAGAUCUUCGCCAGCUUGCUACUCCUGGUAGCCUUUCUUCAGCCGGGAGAUGCCCAAUUCCUUGACCCGGACUGCGGAGUUCGAUCUCCUCUGGUUACGACACGGAUUGUCAAUGGGGACAACGCUAUGAUCACCUCGAGUCCUUGGAUGGUCUUUAUCCUCACGAUUAAUAAUUAUUUCAUCUGUGGCGGAACUCUAAUUACUCACCGACUUGUACUAACGGCAGCACAUUGUUAUCAGGAGCACAAACAUCUUAAGGCUCGAGUGGGGGAGUACGAUAGAGUCUCGAAUGAUACUUGUCAUAAUACCGUUGACUGCACCAUGCGAGUGGAGCUUGAUGUGGACAUGGGAAUCGUGCACCCCAGUUUUGAUUCAGAAACCCUGGACAACGACAUAGCCAUCCUUCGGCUGGUCAGGCGAGUGGAGUACUCAGCCAACAUCAAGCCCAUCUGUAUCGUGACGGAUAAGAGUUGGAGAAACUCUAUAGACCAAAUACCAAUUCUCACCAUUACUGGGUGGGGCCGUACCGAGGCCCAUGGAAGAACAAGCAGGAUCCUUCAGACCCUGGAAAUCAGACGACAGCUUCCGGAAGUUUGCACCCGAUGGGUUCUUAAGACCCCUUCGGACAACGAGUUCUGCCUGGGAAACGUGGACAGUGGCGCUUGCAACGGAGAUUUCGGCGGUCCCGCGGGAAAACUAAUUUCGUACAGGAGAAAACUUCGAUUCAUCCAGAUCGGCAUUGCCAGCCUAUCGAACAGCCAGUGCAAAUAUGCCAGCAUCUACACCGAUGUGCUCAGCCACGUGGACUGGAUCCUCAGUGUGGAGAGGCAAAUCGGCCAAAUUGGCUAG